AUUGAAUUGAAUUAAAUUACAGAAAUUAUAUUAUACCAAAUCGUCGCUGCCCGAUGAAACUCACGUAUGUCCAAAACGGUUAUUUUUCAGGAAGUGAAAAAAACAUCGUAUUUCAAAAGCAGUUGAAUGUAGCGUUGUCAUACUUGGUACGGCAUCUUUACAUGCAACCAUAUUCUUGCCAGUGUAAUGAUGUAAUCCACAUUUGACCAAAAUUUAGUUUAAAUGGACAUACGUGCAUAUUUUACAGUAACGGUGGUCGAUACGCGUUCUUCCGAUCAUUAAUUAGAAUGGCCAAGUUGCGUUUCAUAUUGACAGAUGAAUACGCUCAGUUUAUUAAAUAGCCUACCUCUUGGUUUAUUAAAUACGCUUAGUUUAUUUAAUUAAUUAAUUAUACAUUUAUUAACUGUCUCUUGCAAACUAUGAAGGGACAAUAAAUUAAUACACUGACAUGGUAAUGCUAGACAGAUACUUUGUUUGCACAGUCCUACCGUAAUGUUGUCACUCCUAGACGUACGUCUGGCGUCAGGGGGGAAACGUUUACCUCGAUGAUGGAAAGUCAGUAGGUACGUUUACAUGCAACCAAAUAAUCCGUUUGUAAUCAUAUUGAUGGCUCGAUUGUAUUGAAAAGCCUUCAUGUAAACACCUUAAUCAAUACGAUUGAGGACGAUCGGAUGCAAAUUUGGAUCGUAUUGAAGGGGGUGGUGUACUCCGAUCUGUGAUCCGAUCUGCAGGGGAAAAGUACGCAUGUAAACGCGUGAAUCGUCUCACCAGGCUGUGUUUAUUCGGCUAUCCAGUCCUGAGCUUCGAUGAAACUUCACAAGACCGGCGAAAUGCUUCCACAGGGCGGGGGAUACGCGCCGUGAUUGACAGCUUUGACACCAAAUGGAUAUACGUGAAAAUCAGAUGACAUGAUUUCACAACUUUUCAUUGGCCAUUUAGAUAUGCAUACUGUAUACGGAAAUGAACCUGGACAUUCAAUCCGUUGAAAAAUCUCAAAAUCGGCAAAAUGGACAUACGUGGUUUUCAUCGGACAACGACGAAAUAGUAUAUCCCCAAAGUUUGAAGACUAGACAUUUAGAUACAAAUAGACUUGAAACUUACACUUUAAAACAGAAUACUAAUAACACGAAAUCAUAAACACUAUUUGUGUUGACUUAUCAUUUUAACAAAGAACUGAGAACUGAAAUAUGCAGCCUACACAUAAUGAAGUGAAAGGCAUUAAAUUAGUAAAGGAUUGACCAGUUCCUUCAUUUGUGGGCAUUUAAUCCUUGUACAUACAUUUAUAUGUUUCAGUUCUGUAUUUUAUUACAGUUUUUGUUUAUUUCAUUCAUUAUACCAAAUGUCUGUGGAUUUGUACGUCUCUCCACACCCCACUUUUGUCAACGGCCCUUUUAAUUCAGGCCACCGCGAUCAUUAUCUAAAGCAGAACCAGCUGAAAAACCUCAAGAGCUGUUUACGGUAGACUAAAUGCACUCAUCUAUAUUUAGCAGAGGUGUGUUAUGUUGUCACAUCACAAGAAAAUUGCCAGAAAUAGGAAACCAGAGGGAUAGGAAAGAGAGAUGUUAUAAUAAUCACACCCCAAAAACAUUGAGUUCACUCACUUAAUCUUGACUUUGAAGUUGAACCUGACUUAAAACAAACCCAUCGGUAAGACAUCAGGCAAAAUACUAAGGAAAUGCUUAAAUACUGUAAAUACUAUGAUAAUAACAUGUGUUUAACAUCUCGAUUUUUUUCCUCAGCAAUAAGAAUAAAUGAAGAACAAAAACAUCAAGACUUUCAGAUAUUCAGAGAUACGUAAAUGUCUCAAAUUGAUUAUUAAUUCAAAAGAAGGAUGUUUAUAUGUAAUAUGUGUAUUUGUAAAUGUUAUUUUGCAUGUUAUGUCAGCUGUGGUGAACACAGGAUGUCCUGCCCACCCAACCACUCCCCCAUCCCCUCCCUCCAGACUAUAGAAGAGACCAGCAAACAGUCUUAUUCAAACCAGCUACACAUUAGGAUUAAACACACGCACAAGCGUACAGUAUAGGCAAACACAAAUGGUUACUGUAUAUAGAUUUGUAUAGAGAUUAUUUUCUACCUCUUGCUUACACACAAAUGCAGAGAACAGCUGUCAACAUGUUGCUACCGGUUUGUGUUCUGUUCCUUACGUGGGGUUUUGCGUCCUGUCUUCAGUACCAGGCUGAUUUCAACAUGAUGGGAGUCACUGGUUGGGUCCUGAUUAACUCCACAGAUCAGAAGGCCACCAUCAACCUCACAGGAACGAGCACAUGUCAAUGGUUUAACAUAUCUCUCACCACGUUCCCGGUUAUGUAUGGCCAUUUUGCAUCGCCCUGUCAGAAAUCACACAUAGGUGACAACGUCUUCACGUUUUCCAUAAAUACGUCUCAGACUUUGGUGAAUGUAUCUGAUCUAUUUGCUAAGCGCUCGCGUCUCGAUGCACUCUCUGUGCUGGUGGAGACUUGUAAUGACAUUAGAGUUUGUGCUGGACUCGUGCCCGAGACUCAGGUCAAAACACGGCUAGCGCGAUUCUUCAGUCCAUUGGCUGGAAACGUCUACAUCCGUCAAGCGACUGGAGAUCCAGGAGCCAGUGUUCUUUCAGAUUUACGAAACGUCAAUCAGGCCCGUACUUUACAAAAUGUGAGUAUCUUCAUCUCGCAAAGCUCUGCAACGGACUGCACUGCGCUCCUGGGCAGUCUAGGACAAACAAGCCCUACAAAGUUGGGUGUUUUAAAUGUUGGGUCACCUUUAGAACCAGUAAAGUCUCGCUUGGAUAUCCCCACCCUCAGUUCUGAAGUCCGUUUUGCUCUCCUAAACUUAGGUUCAAGUUAUGCGUGUGCACAGAUCUACACUGUUCCAAUAAAAGAAGUUAGAGCCAUCUUAAACAUGAGAGGGAUUAAAGGGUACUACACCUUUUAUCAAGCAUCUCCUUUUGAUCUCACCACCAUUACGGUUAACCUAUCAAACUUGAACCAAAGAGUCGGGCCAUACCACGUUCAUCAGUUUCCCGUACCCGAAAUUACCUCUCCCCCUGAGCUCAGUUGUAGUAAUAACAAUGUCGGUGGUCACUGGAACCCAUUUAAUGUGAGCGUUCAAGCCCCUGCGUAUCCGCCUCCUAAAGGUUCCACUCACGAUCUCUAUGAGGUUGGAGAUCUGAGUGCCAAGCAUGGAUCUCUGGAGAAUACAACUAGCUUUCAGGCCACUUUCAAAGACUGGAACUUACCUCUGUUUGGGCAAAACAGCAUCGUGGGACGUUCCCUUGUGAUACACCAGCCCAAUGGAACUAGAUUUGCAUGCGCAAGUAUAGGCUACCCCGGUGAAGUCACUGUCGCUAAGGCAAUUUUUAAAAGUCCGGUGGUGGGGACUGUCCUGUUUACUCAGCUCAGCAGUCACCCUUACUCAGAUGUCUCUGUGUUUAUGGACUUAACCCAUGGACAGCUUUCUACACCAGCCUCACAAAACCAUAACUGGCACGUCCACACCUAUCCCAUCAGCACAGAGUCUGACAUGGACCAAAGUCGUUGCUUGUCCACCGGUGGACACUGGAACCCAUUUGGCAUAGACACCACUUUGAGUAGUUAUGCCAUUAAUUGUGGUCCAGACAGCGCUUUUGCCUGUGAAGUUGGAGAUAUUUCUGGCAAGCACAAGACUUUGGAUUUACAGCCACAGGUUGGUGUGGUGGCCAGCAAGAGCUUUUUUACAGACACAACCUCUUGGAUUUCUGGAAUGAUUGGUCGCUCUUUAGUGGUGCAUGGUCCUAAUCGUACAGCUCCAAGGAUUGCUUGUGCAAACAUCACCUUGUUUCGUUUUCCCUCUGCUCACACUAACUCUUGGUUUGGGCCCGGAUCUUCUGGCGGUCACAUCCAGUUCUCCCAAGUCUCUCCUCAAGGACCGACAAUCCUCAACAUCUCCUUUACCGGCCUCAAUGCCAGCGCUUCUGGCUACCACAUCCAUACUCUCCCUAUCAAGAGCGGUGAGGAACCCUGCUCUGAACUCAACAUCAUGGGUCACUUAAACCCAUUUUUCGUGAACACUACCUCAUCUCCUGGAUCAGGAAAUGGCACGGUUGACCAGUAUGAAAUUGGUGACAUUAGUGGGAAGUUUGGGACACUGACAGGUCAAAAUGACUUCCAGAACCUGUACUUGGACAGUAACAUGCCGCUUUCGGGACCUAACAGCAUCAUUGGAAGAUCACUGGUCAUACAUUACAGUAACAGCUCAAGUUCGAGGUGUGCAAAUAUCACAGCAGGGACCUCAACUGAUGGAAACUGGGUGACCGCAAAAGCAAACUUCAAUGACACAGUAACCGGGAGUGUAAAAAUGUCUCAACAGAGUUUUUCAGAUGGCAGCUACGGCGAUGUCCUUAUAGAGGUGGAUUUACAAACAUCACAAUCGUUUAAUGUUACAGAGGCUUUGUGGUACAUUGCUGAACGACAGGUGGGAUCAGAUGGGCAUGCGUGUGCUGGAAAUUUAGAAAUGUAUAAUCCAUUCAACAUGACAACAGAGAACGGCAGCUGUUCUCAGGUCAGUCCUCUGGUUUGUGCAGUUGGAGAUCUGACAGGUAGACAUGGGUCUAUUAGUCUUAUUAAGAGACAGUUGUACAGUGAUGUUCAUUUGCAGCUGACUGGAGACUUCACAGUUGUCCAGAGGUCAUUGGUUUUAAGACUCAAGAACAACACCACCAAAUGUGCAGAUAUUCUCCCAGAAUCUCCCUCUGCCGAACAGAUAUUUCCCAAAGUGUCAAGCUUCAGCAGGUAUGAUUUUCGUAAGAGAGUGGCGGAUGUGUUAAACCUCAACAUGUCUAGAGUCUCCAUCUUACCAGGAUCUCCUUCCACAAAUCCCGAUGGGAAAUGCCAGGAGGUCAGCUUUCUGGUGUCAGGUAACGUGAGCCAAGAACAGCUAAACUCUGUUAAGUCCAAUAAGAAGAUGGGUUUGUUCAGAGAAUCAAAGGCGUGCACUUCAGGUGUAAACGCAGGAAUGAUGCCGGUCCCAUGUAGGAUAUUUCUGAUCGUCAUGACAACUGUAGCCUGCCUGCUCGGGUCACUGAUCCAGCAUUAGACGACCCCCCAAAAAUGUCAAACUACUGCCUUUUUAUAAAUUCUGAUGCAGGGGCUUGGAUGCCAGACGUUUUCAAAGACAUCACGUUGUGAAUAUUACAAUUGAUCCUGUGAAGAAACACUUUUUUUGUACCAGCCUAAACUGAGUUUCAUGCAUCUGGCUGGAUGUCAAAACCACAAUAUACAUUUUGGCACAGGCACAUAUUUACUUGUUUCCACUCCACUUUCUUUUAUCCUGUGUGUUGUGAUUAUAUGAUAAGGUUUCUCAAGUGUGGAUUGUGCUGCUUUUGUAAGUUUUUUUUAAAAGAAAUUACUGGUACGUCAUUGUAAAUCCCACAAAAGACUGAAUUAAUACUGUGUUACACUCCUUUA